AGCUCUCAAUCAUUCCUGUGGGUUGGAAACUUUGGUUAAACAUUUUGUGUUGAGAAACAAAUAAUGGUGAUUGCCUAUUGGCUCACAAAUGGGGAGUAGCCUAACCUAGAAAACCUGUGAUCAGAUAUAAAGACUCUUCAGUCUCUCUAGGGUCAAAACAAAACUAUUCCAACACACAUUUCAGUUUUAGUUUUAGACUGCUCAAGAUAGAAAGAAAAACAAAAUCAUAGAAUUCAUAGCACGUCAUAGCAAGCAUGACAAAUUCAUUGCAUGGGUCUAUUUAUUGUUCUUUUCUGUAUGCAUUUCUGCUCGGUGCAUGUGUAGCAGUCACAUCUGGGUAUAAGCCAGUCAUACUCGUUCACGGACUUUUGGAUGGGCCUGGGCAAUUCAGCAGUUUGAUUAACUUCAUCAAAGAGUCCCACCCUGGCACCACAACCAUAGCCAUUGACCUAUACAAUGAAGACGACAGCCUUCAGUCUCUAUGGAAACAGGUGGAGGGCUACAAGCGAGUCAUCUAUCCCAUCAUGCAAAGUUAUCCAGACGGAGUCCAUCUCAUCUGUUAUUCUCAAGGUGGUAUGAUAUGUAGAGGGAUUCUCGCCACACUUGUUGACCACAAUGUCCACACAGCAAUUUUUCUGUCUGCUCCUUUGGCAGGCCAGUAUGGUAUCAGCCUCAAACAGCCUCAAACAUUGGAGGAACACGUCUAUCUGUUCUGCUACACCGCAGUAGGACAGAUGGUAUCUGUAUGUAAUUACUGGAAUGACCCAUACCAUCAGAAGAAUUACCUGAGAGGCAAUAAAUAUUUGGCCUUACUAAAUGGAGACAGAGCACAUGGCAACAUCACAACUUGGAAGGACAACUUCCUACGAAUAAAAAAGUUAGUUCUGAUUGGAGGUCACGAUGACGGACUAAUCGCUCCUUGGCAAUCCAGUUUUUUCAGCUUUUAUGAUGAAAAGGGAAGUGUCGUUGACAUGAAGAACACAGACUGGUAUCUGAAAGAUGUCUUUGGCUUGAGAACCCUUGACCUGCGCAAAGACCUGGUGCAGUGUGAAUUUGAUGGGGUCGAGCAUAAAAGAUGGCCUCAUGUUCGAAAAGUGUACACUGGUUGCAUGGAGGAAUGGCUACGGACUUAAAGUAUAGACAAGUGAAUUAAUAACAAAACUAUUGUGACAUUAAAGCUUCUUCAUGACUAUUUCAAACAGGGAUUGAGGAGGAGGUUGACUAAACAGAA